CAAAUCUCCAGCCCUACAAGUUUUACUAUUGGGUUAUUUUUUAACUAUUUCCUGAUUGUCCUGAAUCAGGAAAUUAAUUUUUUGCUAGCAUCUAAGGACAAAGGGUUAAGGAUGCCAGCCGAUAUUAAGGCCUUGACCGAAGGGUGGUUGGAAUUGGAAAGUGAUCCAGGUCUGUUCACCCUUCUCCUGGAAGACUUUGGUGCAGUGGGGGUGCAAGUUAAAGAAAUUUAUGAAGUCCAAAAACCAAUAGAAGGUCCCGUUUAUGGAUUUAUUUUUCUAUUCCGUUGGAGCGAGGAGAGACGUUCGAGACGAAAGAUAAUCGAGGAUAGUGAUUCCUGUGUGCGAGAUGAUAAUGUAGUCAAUAGUAUGUUCUUUGCACAGCAGAUGGUGCCCAAUAGUUGCGCGACCCAUGCAUUGGUUUCCGUUCUUUUAAAUCUCAACUGUCCUGAUCUCAACCUUGGAGAAACAUUAACCCGUUUGAAGGAGUAUACGCAGGGAAUGAGCCCAGAAAAUAAGGGGUGGGCCAUUGGUAACACUCCUCGUCUCGCGUUGGCACAUAAUUCUCACGCAACGCCAGAAGCAGCAAAGCCAAAGAAUGAAAAUAAGUCGGCCGGAAUUCCUACUGGAAGAUUUACUGGGGAAGCGUAUCAUUUCGUCAGUUAUGUGCCUAUUAAUGGGAGACUGAUUGAAUUGGAUGGAUUAAAACCGUAUCCUAUUGAUCAUGGUCCAUGGGGUGAAAAGGAGGAAUGGACGGAACAGUUUCGAAGAGUAAUUACUGAGCGUCUUGGUAGUGCUACGGGUGGGAAUUCAAAUGCACCUCAAGACAUCAUGUUUAAUCUGAUGGCAGUUGUUCCAGACAAGAUAAAAACUGGGAAGCAUCCUUUAUAUGGAAAAAUUAAAUUGUUAACACUUAAUAGAAACUGUGUUCUCCAGUCCUUAACUAACUUUAUAGAACAAUGCAAAGACAAGCCAGAAAUGUCAAACGCAACUUGUGACAUUGAUUCAGACAACAAAGAUUUGGACGAUAGUUGGCUUGAAAAAUAUCCAGAAAUAUAUAAAAACCGGGCCCUACUUCCAAAAGACAUGCUCGCAUUGUUGAGAAAUGUUGAUGUUGAACGUGCCCAAGUCGAAGCUAAUCUCCAAAGCCAGUCUAAUGAAGAAAAAGAGAAGCUGAGACAAUACAAAGUCGAGGACUGUCGAAGAACGCAUGACUACAACGACUUUAUAUGCAAAUUCCUCACCAUGCUUGCCGAGACAGGAAAACUGGCAGAACUAGUAGAGCAAAACAUGGCCUCGGAAAAACGCUUAACCUCUGGAAAAACGGCAAGAAUCUUCUGCCCCUGCAAAGAAACCACGAAUGCGUCCAGGACGAAAGAAAAAGAAUGCUUGACAUUUCGAUAUUGCACCCUUCUUGUAUUAUGUACAUUCAUCUUAAUGUAUGUAGUAGUAGUAGGUAAUUCAAGUAAUAAUUUUAGCUAUUUUUGAUAAAACUCGUGAUAUUUUGAUACUAAUAAGUAUAUGCACUACACAACUCGAGAGCGAUGAUCCCAUGAAUUUGUUGACAUAAUAUGUUAAAAAGCAAUAAAAAAGGUAUACUUAUGCAUAUUAAA